AUGGAGUCUGUCUCUCCCUAUGCGGUCUCGGCGACGAAUCGAAGUGGUUUGAUUGUCAUCGUUGAAACACUGUUUAUGUCAUGGAUGAUCAUAGUGACCCUGAUUCGACUCUAUAUGCGUCUUGAAAUCAAUGGACCGGUCAAGAUUGAUGAUCUGGUUGUGUUUGCCGGGAGUGUAAUAGCCAUCGCUCAUGUAGGAACAAUCAUGGAUGCAAUCUCCCAUGGUCUAGGCCGACCGGAGGACGAAAGCUCGCUGUCGAACUUAACACGCGCUGGAAAGAGCGUCUAUGCAGCGAAUCUCCUAUUCCUGGCUGGGCAUGGCGCGGCCAAGAUUUCCGUAUGUCUGCUUCUCAAACAACUAGGCCGACAAAAACGCUACUUGCUCUAUUCCAAUGUCCUUUUGGGCAUGGCGACAGCGUGGACACCUGCUUCAAUUCUUGCGGUUGGCCUCACUUGCUUCCCACAAUACCAAUUUACCAUGGCGCAACAUUGUAGUAAAAUUGGUAUUGCCUGGAAAGUUAUCACUGCAUUUGACGUGAUUACAGAUGUCCUCACCUUCGGACUGUGUGUUUUACUGGUAUGGGGGAUUCAGAUGCGGUGGAAGCAAAAAUGGGCGGUGGUUUUUGCAUUUGGGACGAGGACCCCGGUUAUCAUCUUAAUUAUCCUCCGUCAAACUUAUCUCGACCGCUCACUUUUCCAUCCCGACGCGCCUCUACAUCUAUCGGAUGCAAUAAUUAUGACCGCCGUUCUUCUUCACUGCAGCAUUAUGGUAUCCACAGUGCCAUGUCUAAAGCCGUUUGUUAUUGCAUUCAACACAGGAUGGGGACAGGGCGUCACAAACGGCAACGGUCAACAUUCGUAUUUCACACCCACUGGGAAAAGCGCAUCGAGCAACCAAUCUCAAGUCUACUCAAUGAACCGAGGAGAUGAAGGCGAUGUCAAUCUGACUACUUCCCGGAAAUCACAGGAUAGUCAGCACUCGCAACGUCUGAUUAUCCGUCAGACACGGGAAUGGAUGGUGGAGGAAGAGGAAUAUGAGAUGCACUCGAUAGCCUCUAACCCCCAUUGA